AGAUGAAGAUGGCGGCCGUUGUAGAGAGAGUUGAGGGAGGUGUAGGGUCCCUGGAUUCCGACUGUGUUUCUCCGAGGUUGUCUACACCCCCACCCGAUCAACCGCAUCAGAACAAUCCUCUACUUGGACUCCCUAUUGUGGCUAUUGAGACCAUUCUGAAUUUCUUGUCAUACGACGAAAUCAGUCUACUACGCUUGGUAUGCAAGCGUAUGGACAUGAUCAACCAGCGCAUGCUGAACCAAGGCUUCCUCAGGGUGGAACGCUACCACAGCUUGUGCCAGAGGCAGGUCAAAGCCCAGCUACCUAGACGUGAAUCAGAGCGAAGGAACCACUCAUUGGCUCGUCACGCUGAUAUCCUAGCUGCUGUUGAAACACGCCUGUCCCUUCUCAACAUGACCUUCAUGAAAUAUGUGGACUCCAAUCUUUGCUGCUUCAUCCCUGGAAAGGUGAUUGAUGAGAUUUACCGCGUGCUACGCUACGUCAACUCCACACGUGCUCCCCAGCGGGCUCAUGAAGUCCUGCAAGAGCUGCGGGACAUCUCCUCGAUGGCCAUGGAGUACUUUGAUGAGAAGAUCGUCCCCAUUCUGAAGAAGAGGCUCCCCGGGGCAGACUUGUCUGGGCGCCUCAUUGGAUCUGCCCCAGUGGCCGGCCCAUCCACCUCCCUGACCACCAUGUCUCUGCUGGCCAAGAACACGCCAUCGCGCUCAGAGAUGACCAAAGUGCAGCAGCAGGUGAAGGUGAAUGGGGCGUCCAUGACGGCCCUGCGGAGGGAGAUGCAGGAGGUGCGUGUCAAGCAACUGGAGCAGCAGAAACAGCUGCAGGACCAGGAACAGAAGUUGCUGGAACAGACGCAGGUCAUCGGAGAGCAGAAUGCCCGGCUGGCGGAGCUGGAACACAAGCUCAGGGAACUGAUGGACAGCGCCGUUGGAGGAGUCACGCCCAGCUCUGGGUCCAGGCCGGCCGUGGCCUCCACAUCGGCCUCCUCUUCCGCCGGAUCUCCCUCUUCCGGCACGGCAGUUGCGGCAACCACACCCGGUGCCAUGGCCACAGCAACCAGCGUUUUGCCUGGGGCGGCGGAGGGUGACUGCAGCCCACCCUUUAAACGCACCAGGAAGAGUUCAGACCUACCACGGCAGUCAAAACGCCUGCGCUGCAAGAAAUAAGGAGGCGCUUUUGUUUUGUUUUUCAGAUGUGAUAAUUGCACCCCCUGCAAGUCAGUUCUAUGUCAGGAGUAGCUCUAGUGUUAAUUGCCCCCAUGCCCUACUUCCACUAUGAAGAUGACUUCCUUCAUAGAGGAACCAAACACAAUGGGUGUGUUUUGGGGCAAAAUGUUGCCAUGGUAUUUAUUUGGGUACUGUGUUGCUCUCCAUAGUUUAACCACUGACCCUAAAGCCGCUCUGAAAUUUGCACAUUAGGUGACAGGUUAGGCUUCAUCACAAUCAUAGUUUGACUGAGUACUUAGCCACUUAAAGGUCAAUACUGGCUCAUAAAAUAAAAUUGAUUCCCUUAAAGGGCAUUAACUGCUAGUUUGAAGGGAGAGAGGGCAAAGACAUGUCUUUGUGGCGUAGGUAAAAGUAAUUCAAGGACCUUACUCGUGUAAAACUAUUAAAAAAACAAAACAUUUAGCUCUGACAUUAAACGUCCUGUCUACAAUACAUGGUCCCCUAUAAAGUAAAAAUAACUGUCAUAUUUUUUUUGUUUUGUAAGGUUAUUGCAAGGUGGGAUGGCCUUUAACCUUCUGGUUUCUACCCAUUUCUAGUGGUAUGCUGUAGUCUUCAUGCGUAUUCAUAGGAUGGGAUAUAUUUAAAUCAACACUGCAUAUGGAAUUAUUAAAUUGAUCUCACCUGCUACCCAAGGAGUCCUUGCUACCUACAUUUGGUGCAUUAUAGCAUAAAAUGUGGUUUUAUGCUAUAAUGGUUUAGGAAAGUGAUUUUAGUUAUUCUACCGAUCAUGUCAGUGGAGAAAUAUUGUGCCUCUGUAACUAUUGGAAGAGAAGGAGGGCCUUUUAAGGGAUUCACAUUGAGUACCCAGUUUUAACAUGUAUCACAGCUUCUACAGAGAUCAAAAUUAAUUUCCUGUGACUAGCUUUUAUCCAAUGGUGCUAGAAAUGACUAGACACAUAGAGAACAGAUAAUUGAUUCUAUCUGUUAGAUUGUUUUAAAGAUGUGAUACAGCUUCCUCAUCUUUCUUUUUAUCUACUUUGUUAUCCUGUCUUCAUAAACACAAUGGCUAGAACUAUAUUAUAUACAACACAAGGUGUAUCUCUAGACUCAUGUUUGCCAAACAACAGAUUUGCAACUACAGUAGAGUUAAAAGCACCUACAAUUUCAUGAAGCUUUCUAGGCAAGGAAUUUGGAAAGGGUUAAAAGUGAUUACGUUUGACAACAGACAAGCGCUGUUUCAUUUAUCUUGCACAAGAGCACCCUUCCAUUGUCAAGCUCUCUGCACACACACUCGCCUUCUGAGGUUAGCUUGUGAGCCCAUAUUGUGGCUUGAAAUUAUUUUUGUUAAAAAUGAACUUAACCACUCAUAGCAUGAAACCUUUGUGAGGCAUACAGGGAAAUGCAGUUCACUAUUGGGUGGAUGGACCGUGUAUUUGAAACGCUUUGGGUAGGAAACGCAAGAAUAUGUUUUCUAGUGGCUUAAAUUGAGACUGCGUCUCAGGCUAGAAAUGACUGUAUCGUUAAGUUCUUGUACAUCAAAUGUAGACAGGAUUAUUUCAUGUAUGUUUAAAGAAAUCUUAUGUUGUAAAUUAGCCUGUUAGGGGCUAACUGUAUGGUUUGUUGCACACAUUACUAUUACAUUACAAAUGUUAAAAAUCAAUCCAAUUAAAAGAAGUUAACAUAUCCAUA